UCCCCUUUCCCCGUUUCCUUGUUUGCAUUUCUCCUCCCGGCCACAUGGCGGCCGGUGCCGUAAUUCACUGCCCUUGCCCGGACACCCGGCCGCUGCGGCUCCAACACGCCAGCCAGGGCCGCUCCUGCUCCCUGGGCUUUGGCGGAGCUCAGGCUCUGGCACGCCCCCCCGCAGCCCGGAGUCCGGGCUCCACCCCGUGCCCGUCCCCGGCCCCUGCCCUAUGCCCUCAGCUCUUGAGGCUGGGCACCUCCCCCUGCCGGCUCUGCCCGCCGGAGGAGGGGAAGGGGGCGGGCAGCGCAGGGGGUGUGACAGCUCCCGCCCGGACCAGUGCCGGCUGCAGCCUCGCUUCAGCGCCCGGAGCCAGCUGGAUCUUUUCGUCUGGGACGGAGGCGGAGGCUCCGGGCUUCUUGUCGCUGGGGGGGACCCCUCCUCACGCCCCCAGCCCUCUACCCACCAAGACGAGCCUCCCCACCCAGCCCUGCCUCUUUCUGCCCUGGCAGCUGGUCCAGCCAGGAAUUGGCCCUGUUCACUUCUCCUGGGACUUACAGCCCGCACCCCUCCAGGAGCAGACGGGCUCCCCGGGGGUCCCCCAACCUUUUACUAGAGCCUGCGCUGGCAGUGCCAGCUUGGGAAGGAACAUGAAGGUGGGCUGGCCAGGGGAGAGUCGCUGGCAGGUGGGCCUGGCUGUGGAGGACAGCCCAGCUCUGGGAGCACCACCAGUGGGUGGCCUCCCCGAUGUCAUGCCAGAGGGGAAGCUGCUCGACAUGGUGCUGAGGAGGAUGCACCGGCCCCGAAGCUGCUCCUACCAGCUGAGGCUUGAACACCAGCGCCCCAGCCGCAUCCAGGGGCUUCGCUGGACGCCACUCGCUGACAGUGAGGAGUCCCUGGAUUUCGGCGUGAGCCUGGAACAGGCCUCCAUGGAGCGAGUGCUCAAGGCUGGGAAGCAGCUGCAUCGACAUCUGCUGGCCACUUGCCCGAACCUCAUCCGAGACCGAAAGUACCGUCUUAGGCUCUAUCGGCAGUGCUGCUCUGGCCGGGAGCUGGUGGAUGGGAUCUUGGCCCUGGGGCUUGGGGUCCAUUCCCGGAGCCAAGCUGUGGGGAUCUGCCAGGUGCUGCUGGAUGAAGGGGCCCUCUGCCAUGUGAAACACGACUGGACCUUCCAGGACCGAGACACCCAGUUCUACCGUUUCCCUGGGCCAAAGCCAGAGCCUGCAGGAGUCCAUGAGCUGGAGGAGGAGCUUGUUGAGGCUAUGGCCCUGCUCUCCCAGCGGGGUCCUGAUGCCCUGCUCACUGUGGCACUUCGCAAGCUCCCAGGUCAGCGCACGGAUGAGGAGCUGGACCUCAUCUUCGAGGAGCUGCUGCACAUCAAGGCCGUGGCCCACCUCUCUAACUCGGUGAAGCGAGAAUUAGCUGCAGUUCUGCUCUUUGAGCCACACAGCAAGGCGGGGACAGUGUUGUUUAGCCAGGGGGACAAGGGCACCUCAUGGUACAUCAUCUGGAAGGGGUCUGUCAACGUGGUGACCCAUGGCAGGGGGCUUGUGACCACGCUGCACGAGGGAGACGACUUUGGACAGCUGGCUCUGGUGAACGAUGCACCCCGGGCAGCCACCAUCAUCCUGCGAGAAGACAACUGUCAUUUUCUCCGUGUGGACAAACAGGACUUCAACCGGAUCAUCAAGGACAUGGAAGCAAAGACCAUGAGGCUGGAAGAACACGGGAAGGUGGUGCUGGUGCUAGAGCGAGCCUCUCAGGGCGCCGGCCCUCCUCGGCCCCCAGCCCCGGGCAGGAGCCGGUAUACAGUGAUGUCUGGCACCCCAGAGAAGAUCCUAGAACUGCUGUUGGAGGCCAUGCGCCCUGAUUCCAGUGCUCAUGACCCAACAGAGACCUUCCUCAGUGACUUCCUCCUGACCCACAGCGUCUUCAUGCCUAGUGCCCAGCUCUGCGCUGCCCUCCUGCACCACUUCCAUGCGGAGCCCACGGGAGGCGGCGAGCAGGAGCGCAGCACCUACGUCUGCAACAAGAGGCAGCAGAUCCUGAGGCUGGUCAGCCGGUGGGUGGCCCUGUAUGCCCCCACACUGCACACGGACCCCGUGGCCAUCAGUUUCCUGCAGAAACUCUCCGACCUGGUGAACAGAGACGCCCGACUCCACAACCUGCUUCGGGAGCAGUGGCCCGAGAGGCGGCGACACCACAGGUUGGAAAACGGCUGUGCGAAUACAUCUCCUCAGAUGAAGGCCAGGAACAUGCCUGUCUGGCUCCCCAGCCAGGACGAGUCCCUCCCCAGCAGCAGCUGUGCCAUCCGAGUUGGAGACAAAGUCCCCUAUGACAUCUGCCGACCAGACCACUCAGUGCUGACCCUGCAGUUGCCCGUGACAGCCUCAGUGAGAGAGGUGAUGGCAGCGCUGGCCCAGGAGGGCAGCUGGACCAAGGGGCAGGUGCUCGUGAAGGUCAACUCUGCAGGCGAUACCAUUGGCCUGCUGCCAGAUGCCCGUGGAGUGGCCACAUCCCUGGGUCUCAAUGAGCGGCUUUUUGUUGUUAACCCACAGGAAGUGCAUGAGCUGACCCCACACCCUGAGCAGCUGGGGCCCACUGUGGGCUCUGCUGAGGGGCUAGACCUGGUGAGUGCCAAGGACCUGGCGGGCCAGCUGACGGACCAUGACUGGAACCUCUUCAACAGCAUCCACCAGGUGGAGCUGAUCCACUAUGUGCUGGGCCCCCAGCACCUGCGGGACGUCACCACUGCCAACCUGGAGCGCUUCAUGCGCCGCUUCAAUGAGCUGCAGUACUGGGUGGCCACAGAACUGUGUCUGUGCCCUGUGCUCGGACCUCGAGCCCAGCUGCUCAGGAAGUUCAUCAAGCUGGCGGCCCACCUCAAGGAACAAAAGAAUCUCAAUUCCUUCUUUGCUGUCAUGUUUGGCCUCAGCAACUCAGCCAUCAGCCGCCUGGCCAACACUUGGGAGAGGCUGCCCCACAAAGCCAGGAAGCUGUACUCGGCCCUCGAGAGGCUGCUGGACCCCUCAUGGAACCACCGGGUGUACCGACUGGCCCUCACCAAGCUCUCGCCUCCCAUCAUCCCCUUCAUGCCCCUUCUCCUCAAAGAUAUGACCUUCAUCCAUGAGGGAAACCACACGCUGGUGGAAAAUCUCAUCAAUUUUGAGAAGAUGAGAAUGAUGGCCAGAGCCGUGCGAACCGUGCAGCGCUGCCGGAGCCACAGCAGCGUGCCCCUCUCGCCGCUCAGGAGCCGCGUGUCCCACCUGCACGAGGACCGCCAGGUGGUGAGGAUGUCCACGUGCUCGGAGCAGUCCCUGAGCACCCGGAGUCCGGCCAGCACCUGGGCUUGUGUCCAGCAGCUGAAGGUCAUCGACAGCCAGAGGGAACUCUCCCGCCUCUCCCGGGAGCUGGAGCCGUGAGGAGGGGCUGGGGCUGGAGCAGGCACUUCCCGCCAGAAGGCCAGGGUGCGCCUGGGCCAAGAGGCCCACAGGCUGGCCACAGCUGGGCAGGGCUCUCCACGGAGUGGACUCAAGGCCCUGGAGUGGGCAGCGUGGAGGCAGCGGUCCCCUGUGGUGACUGGAGGCCGAGGAGGACCUUGGAGUGGAGUGAGCGGGGCCCAAGGCCAAGGAAUGGGGGACAGAGGGGCCUUGGAGUGGGUGGGAGAGUGGAGCAGGCGCUGGAACUCUGUGUUCAAUAGAGCUCUCCACACCAGGUUUUUCCCAGAUUGUGUGCCUCAAGGCUUUGUCCAGCCAUGUCCAGGCCCCUGCGGUCUGCUCUCCCAGGGGAUGGAGGGAGGUCUGCACUGUCCGGUGGUGUGUGGCAGGACUGCAGGGCUUGUUGCCUGGGGAGGGGAGCGGUGGGGGCCCUGUUGCUUUUCUUUUCAUCGCCUGGGAGAUAAACAGCUGGGUGUGGUCCGGCUGCUUGUGUGGGAGUGGUGGUCCCUGAGGAGCCUAUUGUUACGGUAAAUGAAGAGACAGGCUGGGUUCCUGAGGCCAGCCUGUGGGGGUGUGUCAGAGAAGCCAGAGACCCUGUCCCCAGGCCAGAGCUGAGGAAGGGGUGCUGCACCGUGAGGUGGACCCGGAGGGGCUGGCUGAUGGAGCAGCAUCCCCACCACCAGGUGCGUGGUCUCUGGGACCCAGGCAGGGCACCAAGAUGGCUAACUACUGUCCCAGUCUGAACCCCUUGGCCACAGGGGCUGUGGGAACCUGGAGCCCUGUCAGUGGCUGGCCAGGGUAACCGUCAGCUCUCCUCAGUGGUCCGAGAACACAGUUAUAGCCCAGUUGCAACAGGCUCUGUCCACGCUCUCCACUUCCUGUCCCUCUGCCUGGAGCCCCAGUUGGCACCACGCUAAACCGAGGCUCCAGAGACGUGACCAGUGAUAGAGAGGACACUGAAGCAGAGACUUCUGAGGGGAGCCUAUCCCUUGCUAAGGCCUAAUGGGCUUCUAGGAAGUCAGAUUUCUUAGUGAUGAGAAUGGUCCCAGUGAGCCCUGUCAGCACUGAGCCCCCUGGGAACCAGCUACGGCAGAGACCCCUCAGCCCGGGGUGCUCAUGCAGGGAACCUGCAGGGUGGCCUCCCUCCUCUGUUCCCCAUGACCCUGAGCCAGGAGGCAGAGGGACCUCUUCGCCUUGGGGGAGAUCCUAGAGUAGGUACUGAGCAGCAGUGCCCGAGGGCACCUGGAGGAAGUGGGCCCACAUCUGGAAGGCGAGUGGGCAGCUAGCAAGGCCCUGUACUUGCUCAGCAGGAACAUCUUCUGGGGCUCAGGCAGGACACACCCCUACCUUCUGCGCUGCCAGACCCCUCUCAACCCCCUGGGCAUGGACACACAUGCAAACUACUUCCAGAAAGGGUCAGAGCCCGUAGCAGGAGGCAGCAACCGGGAUUGUAUGUCAGGCUUCUAAGUAAAUCUGAGCAAGCCAACGAACAGUUUUCGGCUUCCAUUUCUCCACCUGCAAGAUGGAUGCGAAGAUCUCAGGGACAAGUCAAACUGUAGCUCUGCCUCUGCUGCCAAGGUGACAGGUGUGGGCAGUUCUGUGUCCUCGGACUUAGAGAGGGGCAGCAUUGCCUUGGGUGAAGUUGGGCAGAGCCCAGUCCCCCAGACAGAGCCUGGGCUGGAAGAGAUGGCAGGCCCAAAUAGCCUGCUCCCAGGGCCGUGGUCCCAAACUAAGCAAGUCUCCUCUCAGGCCUGCCCAGCUGCCCUGGGCAAGCCAGGGACCCCUUUCUCAGAUUCUGGACUCUUCCAAACCUAAGCCUGGCCCACCUGAAGCCCAGCCUGCCAGGGCACCUGAGGGUGAAGGGGCUUGUGGCCCAGGUGAUGGGUGGCUGUCACCCUCCCAGUGUUGACAAACCAGAUCACUGGGAAGCUGAGUUUGACUCAGCUGUGCUUUGAGAGCAUCUUCUCUCCCAUGCCUGGGGACUUCCUGGAGCAGGGUGCCUUCCAGGCGCUGCUCCUGGCAGGGGGAACACCGAGGAAGGAGCAUGGGCCUAGUGACUCCAGAAGGGAGAAGGCUGGGCUCAGGUUUAUUAGAAGGAUUUUCAGAGUUCCCUACCCCUAAGUGUGCCUCCUGCAGCCUGGCUGCAGAAGGCCCCUGUUGUGUACAUUCAUAACUUGGGAAGAUUCUAAUAGUCCCGUGGUCAGGAUUCUAAUUAGUACUUCUGAGGGUCACUUUAAGGGGGCAAUGGGGAAGGAACAGCCACAGGGCACUGGUAUCAGGGGAGCUCUCAUGAGGCGCCCCAGGGCGAGAGUCGGAGGGAGCGGUGCACGGCCAGCUUCACCUGCUAGUCUUGCUGUCCCUGGUAGCCCGCAGAGGAGAGUGGCCAUCUCUGUUCCUCCUCCUCUCCCGCUGCCUGGCUUCUGCACCGGACAGCUGGUGGUAAUCUCAUCAAACGGAGAACAAGACCCCGGAGGCCAUAACCGAGGGUUUGCCGAAGCUCCGAGCUUCCCACAGAGAGCUCUGUUCUCUGGGCUGCAGUCACACCCCUAACAAAUGGGUGGUCACCUUUGGCAACCAAACCAGGUGAGUUAGAUGGUGUGGCAGUGUGACAGUAUGUAGAGUCAUCCCCAAGACUCAAAAAUACUCAAAAGUGAACAUUUUAAAAAUACAAAAUUUUUUUUUGGAGUUAUAAAAAGAAAUCACAUUAUGGAGAGUUUAGAUUAGAUAAACUGCCACUUUGUUGUGCUUCAUGUUUCUGUUUUAAAUGUCAUUUUUUUCUGGAAGGCCUUCCCUAAUCAUCCUAAAUUAGGUCUUUUGUUGUUUUUUUUUUGAACAAGUACUUCUCAUUUGGUCUCAUUAUGUGCCAGGCGCUGUUUUAAAAGCUUCCCAAAUAUUGAUUCAUUCAAUUUUACAAGAUUCCUGCAAGAGAUCUCAUAGUUCUGGGGGCAUCGAGGCACAGAGAGGUCAGGGCCGCUGCCCAGAGCUGUCAGCUGGUGGGUAAGCCAAGCUGGGAGUCAGACCCAGGCGGUGUGGCUUUGGAACCGGUGGUUGUGGCACUGUGUUCUGCUCCCCCAGUCACAGCUUUCAGUGUACUCUGUCCAUAGUCUCCCUCCAUCUUUGGAUGCUGAACUCCUCACCCCGGCAGCCACCUCGUUAGCACAGCGGAAUGAAUGAACAAGUGAGUGAGAAAGGGGGAAAAUACCCACAAUCCACCUACCUUAGCACAGUAAUUGUGAUUCUGAGACUGUAGAUCUAUAGGCCAUGGUAGGAAUUGCUCCUGCCAGUCCUGUGAGGUCAGAAGCACACCUGGGAUAGGAGGCUGGCAAAGGGGCCUCGUGCCAGCACCCGGCUCGUCCGGCCACCUCCGCCCGGCUCUGUCUCCGUCUCACCCUUGCCCACCCCCUCACUAUCUCAGGCUGCAUCAUCACUGUCUGCCUACUUUAUCUGCUUCUCUUUGUUUCCAUUCGUGCCUCUAGAUCAUCUCCAAAGCCAUUGAGGUUUGAGGACAUGAAUAGAAAUUUUAUUUUAUAAUUACUAUUAGGCAGCAUGAAACAAACAUUAGCACAGCUAGGGAAAAAUACAGGCAGGCUCCUGAAAAGCAGAAUGAAGUUAUGCUCCACUGUGGAUGGUUCUGUCUGACCCCCAUGGUGGCUGCUCCUUGCGGUGGUUUCUGGGGAGGCCUGGGGGUCCUGGUCCCCUCAAGUUUCCAUCAGUCCCAGAAAAUUUACAGUACCGCUGAAAACAGUGUGUUUGCUAUGAGAACACAACCACACUGUGAGUCUCUGUACCCCAUUCCCACCUACUGCCCAUAAGCCCCACCCAUGUACAAAUUGGGGCCUCCAAAUCUUGUAACAGGAGCCAUGUGCUCUAUGCUGGGCUCAUUGUCUUCUCUCCAGCCUUUAGCACAAACGGGCUGGAAGGCUCCGUUUGCUCAUUCAUUCAUUCAUUGCUGGGCACAGCACAUGCUGACAGUUAUCUAACACACAUUGGAUGACAAUAGAAAGCAGCAGAGGGGGCCCAGGACACCUUAUUGGAAACAGUAUCUAUCAGAGGUGGCUGUGACACGUCAAAGGCAUACAGCAUAGCUGUCCAGAGCUGAGUCCACAGGCAGGAGGGACCCUCAGGGCGGGAGGGAUGGAGUCAGGUUUUGUGGACAGGUGGGUUUGUGCUGGGGCUGGAGGGGGUGUAGGAGAUGGACAGCUGGUGAGCAGAGGACUGGCAUGGGACCUGGCCAGCAGAACCAGAAGCACAGCCUGGGUCUCUGUGAUGAAUGGCCCAGGUGGUAUGUCUGACUAAUGCGCAGAGGGCAGGCGGUAUGUGUGCUGAAUGUCAGGGCUGCCCACCGACUUCAAAAGAAAUGCCUGGAAAUGCAAACAUGGUACACAGCAUACAAACCACUGUGAGAAAGUCACACAUGGAGCCAUUCUAGGACACAUUCAGUAAGAGGUAACUGCAGACUGAGGUGGCUCAUCAGUGAUCAGAUGUAGGUGACCUCCUGGGCCUCUAUCCUGGGACACUCCCAGGCCAUAGUGGGAUGGAGACUGAAGAUCCAGCAUCUCCAGGAGCUGGGGAUGCCCUCAGGAGGCGACUCCAGGCUUGUGUGCUGGGCUAGCCUCUGGGCCUGUCAGUCUCUGGUCCUGUGCUGGUGGGUCCCCGCCUUGGUCUCAUGGGGACAAGAGUGUGGAAUAGGCUGGCCUGGGCAUAUGUGCCCUUCAGUAGUCCUCUGGGUCAGCAUCUCCCAUAGCCUGUUGGUCCUAACAGACCCUUGACCAGCUUGGUAGUCCAGAGAUGAGUGGGGCCUACUUCAAGCAGUGGCCUAAUGCUGGAACUUCUCUGACCCCUGCCCCACCGGAAACCAGGAGCAGUUUUCCAGCCUGAGCCCUGCCAGUCCAGUAACAGCAUCACUGCACCGGGCAUAUAGUGAGCACUCUGUAAAUAUUUCCUGAUGGAAUUCCCAUUUCCCACACCACUGACAGCUGGCUGCCUCCUGGAUCCUUGCCCAGGUGGCUUCACCCUCUUCCCCACGCUCCAGGCCUCCACGUAGGCGCAGCUGCACCCCGCCUCACUUCCUGAUGCGGAGGAGGCACCCUGUUGGUGUCUUCACUGUGGGCACAUCAUCCCCCCUGCAGCUCUGGCUAACCUUCCCACCCCUGGCCCCCAGGACCCAGCCUCCGGGGACCCCUGACCUGCUGGUUGCCCCCAGUGGCUGACUGGAAGAGCUUUCAAUCAAGGGCAGAGAGCUGAUGUGAAGACCUGACUGGGGGAAAACUUGGCAGGAGGAGCAGCAGAGUUACCUGCCCAGACCAGGCCAGCCAGGAAGAGAAAGCUGUCUGAAAUACAAUUUAAUGUGUUUGUCUCUGUA